AAUUAAAACGCAGUGUCUAUGGUUCUAACGUCCGUAGCUCGCUUGUUUCUAGCCGGUGACGGACCACAACAACAUGACAGCCGCUGGUGAAAACACGGCUGUGGAUGUGGGAGAAAGAGCAGAAAUGGACGGAGAGGACAAACUUCAGAUGUUAAAAGGUGCAGCCUUUCUGACCACGGUGGCGUCUGCGGGGAUGAUCGCCGGCUUCGGCUCCACGUUGGCGCUGGCGAAGAAGAAAAGUCCGAACUGGUUUAAUAAGGGCGUCAUGGCGACGGCAGCGGUCCCGGAGAGCGGGGCGUCCCUGGCGCUCAGGGCUCUGGGUUGGGGGUCUCUGUACGCCUGCUGUGGAGUCGGUCUGCUCGGCUUCACCGUGUGGAAAGUCCUCGAUGUUCACAGCUUGUCGGAGUUCAGACUGAAGAUGCGUUCCCUCUUCCCGUCCAUCCCCAAGUCCUCCCCGUCUGAACCCGUGGACUGGGACGCGCUCUUCAAGUCAAAGUGACCUGCAGCCUGCUGGAGGACCAAUCAGACGAGUCGACACAGAGACUGAAACUAAACGUGGCAACUCGAGGAUGGUCUCUGGAGAACUAGUUCGGUCCUGGUUUUGGUUGUAGUUCGGUCCUGGUUUUGAAAGCUUUUUGUUUUGAAUCAGAUUUUUGUUUCUCUGAUCAUGAACUCCUGAUUUGAUUUUCCAUGUUUUGUUGAUUUUCUGGAACCAGAGGACUUCUUCUUCUCCUGUAGGGAUCCUGGUCAGCCUCCUGGGGGGCGCUGAUGGACCUCAAAACUUUUCAGAUAUGAAACAUGGGAGAAUAAACUAAAGAUUAUUUAUUGACUUUCAGCCACAUGAACAUAAAUCAAAAGCUAUGAAACAUUAAUGACCUGAUCUGUUCUCCUGUGAGUCUCUCUCUGGUCCAGACCCGACCCGGACUCCAGUCUCAAAUCAGAUCUGGAUUAUUUAGAUGUUUCUAUAAAUCUCUACCAUGUGGAACAUUUGUUUAAAAUAUUUGUUUUAGAGAUUUGUGUUGUGUGUUGACGCUGGAACAAAUCGCCCUGUGGGAUGAAUAAAGUUUUUAGUGAAAUCAAACAGGA